UAGAAAAAAUGUCUACUCAAAAUGGGUCUACUCUGCAGGUUCUGGUCAGUGACCUUGUUAUCAACCAAAUGAUGAAAUCAAGCUGUUGUGAGUACACUUGUACCCCAGAUCUAUCAAUAUGUCCUUACAACUAUUUCAGCUCAUGAUAGCAGUUGACUGGGCGUUUAUCUAAGUAGACCCAAUAAGUCUGGAUACAAGUCUCGACAGGAUGUUGCUUAAAGAUGCCAAUCUGUCGAGUUGUGUAGUUUCUUCAAAGAAUGAGAGAGAGAAACAUAGAGAGAGAGAGAGAGAGAGAGAGAGAGAGAGAGAAUCAGUCAGUCAGUCAAUGACAUCUCUGACAAACUUGUUUCCCAGGAAGUCGAGUUGACAGAAUCGUAAAUGCAGAGCUGAAAGGGAAAGUAGACCAUUUUCCAAGAUGGGGCACAGCAUAAAUCACACAGACUCCCUCUAUGGCGGGUUCAAUCUUCUGAACGCUGAUGACCUCCUCAACAUCACAGCCCCCAACAACAACUCCAUAGCAUUCCAGCGGCCUAUUUCCGAAGCGGCCGACAAGAUCAUCAGCAUUGUCAUCGUCGUCAUCCUCUUCAUCACAAUGGUGUCUCUUGGCUGCACCAUGGAGCUGGAAAAGAUCAAAGGACACAUGCGUCGGCCCAAAGGAGUGGCCAUCGCCCUGGCGGCCCAGUACGGCAUCAUGCCGCUGACGGCGUUUGGCCUGGCCAAGUUGCUCCAGAUGAACCCCAUGGAGGCGGUGACGGUGCUUAUAUGUGGAUGCUCUCCCGGGGGCAACCUCUCCAACAUCCUGGCACUGGCUCUGCAGGGUGACAUGAACCUCAGUAUUGUCAUGACUGCCUGCUCCACGCUGCUUGCCCUGGGCAUGAUGCCACUGCUGCUCUUCCUGUACUGCCAGGGCAUCACCGGUCUGGAGAGCGCCGUGCCCUACACGGGCAUCACCAUCGCCCUCGUCAUGACCCUCCUGCCCUGUGCCAUCGGCGUGUACCUCAACCACCGCGUGCCACAGUACUCCAAACUCAUAACAAAGGUGGGGCUGAGCAUAAUGCUGGUGGCCAGUGUGUCCAUUGGCAUCCUCGCUGGCAUAACAGUGGGAAGCACAGCGCUGGCCGUGGCUUCGUCUCGACUGAUGAUUACAGCAGCACUGAUGCCACUGAUUGGCUACACAUUUGGCUACAUUCUAUCUGCCAUCUUCAGGCUAAAUUCUUCAUGCAGAAGGACUAUUGCCAUGGAGACGGGUUGUCAGAACAUCCAGCUAUGCUCCACUAUACUUAAGGUGGCCUUCCCCCCAGACAGUAUUGGUCCACUGUACUUAUUCCCAGUUGUCUACAUCGUCUUCCAGGUGACAGAGGCACUCGUGUUCAUCUUGAUAUUCAGAUGCCACCAGAGGUUUGUGGCAUCCAAACAAGUGAAGGAUGUGUACAUUGGGGUGGAAAGCCCUACUGAAGGAGCUGAAAAGUGCGAGUGGCCACAGUGACGUUUCUAUGACUGAUGUAAGCCCUGCCCUGUGAUCACUGUGGCACAUUGCUGGACUGAGAGAUGCCUUUGGGGGACCAUGUUCACAUUCGUCACUCCUGGUGCCAGCAAGAAUGCAAGUCUACUGGAUUUUUCAUCCGUGACGACCCCUAAAUCCUGCAUCACCGAAGAUCAUGUUUCUAGUAGAGCUUGACCGUUAUGGGAUUUUAAAGACCAAUUUUUAUUUCGAUAUUUGAGGAUUUCAAAAAGCGAUAAUCGAUAUAUUGGCCGACAUUCUUUUUUAACAGUGUAAACAUCUCCACAUGUCAACAGACAUGGUGACUAUGUAUGAUAAUGAGCUUGAUUGGCCGGCCCAACGCUAACAGAAAAACACUGCCUCAAACGACUAUUUUGAACACUUGAAAGUUUUCAAUGUACAAAAACAAUAAUUACAAUAAAAGUGAGCUCUAUACGCGCAAGAUAUAUUUGGAUGGCAACCCAUCUUUAAUGUUGCAUAU